AUAAGGCUGACGCUGCCUGACUAGCCUCAUUUUACAAGUUCAAUCUGAACAAAUUUGUAAUAUAUUUGGCAGAAAUGGGGCUGAUUUUCGAUGCGUUUUUUAUUUCUUUUCAGCUAACUUUAAUCGCCUUUCAAUAUAUCCAGGGCCGGCCUGAUGGAAGAAUCGUUGGAGGCGUGGAAGCAACGCCGGGCGAAUUUCCUUCUUUCGCUACAGUUGAAUUCGGCCCCUACAUAUGUGGGGGUGUCAUCGUCUCGACAGAAUGGAUUGUGACUGCGGCCCAUUGCAUGGUUUUCCCUAUCGACGUCUACAUCGUCACGGCGGGAGAGCACGACGUCAGAGUUAUCGAAGGGACCGAACAAGUGAGAAAAGCCGUGAGAAUCGUGUCACACCCACUUUUCAACGAGCCCUUCCACGACAUCGCCUUGAUCAAGGUAUCCCCGCCGCUCACUGUGACACCUUUCGUCGCCCCGGCCACUCUUCCCGCUCGGGGAUCCCAACUUCCCCCAAACUCUCCCCUCGUCGCGGCCGGAUUUGGCGGGACCGCGAUCGAUGGAACUAUGCCGUCCCCAAUACUGAGGAAGGUUACCCUCCCGCUGUUCGACAUUUCGGCAUGCAAUGUCACCUGGGAGGGAUGGAUUGGCCCGGGAAACUUGUGCGCCGGCGGGGUUGACGGGAUGGACACGUGCCCGGGCGAUUCUGGUGGCCCGCUCUACAGUGGCGGCACCUUGGUCGGAUUAACCUCUUGGGGCGGGGAUAUUACGCAACCCUGCGGCCUGCCUGAUGUUCCCGCUAUUUAUACAAAUGUGACGUACUAUGUGGACUGGGUGGCGGCCAUUUUUACCCCGAAGGUCCCCUGUCCUUGUAGGAGUGAGGGAUAUUUUGAAAUUAUGGCGGGAGAUAAGGCCAGAUUUUGUCCAAUUGCAAGGAUAAACUGUGACUACGUGCAGUGCGCAUGGUAUCCCAGUCUUGACAGAUUUAUUCGGGUAUUUUACACUUGCCCGGGUGACGAGGAUAUCAACGGGUUGAAAGAUGAGUAUCGAUUCGACGGGCAAAAAUGUGUGAAACGUGUUUCUUAAAUUUGUAAAAAUUCAAAUACACUAUUCAUGAAUUAUUAAAUUAAUUUGAAAAAUGAAACAAUAAAUUAUGAUAAUAUUUUUUAUGCAAUA